UUGAGGAGGGAGUGUCCAUUGCUCACUCUGACAGAUACUGCCCAGGCUUGGACCCCAGGCCAUUCAGAGAUAGAUGGUACAGUGGUCCCUACUGGGCAGUUGGAGAGAAAAGCAAGGGAGGUGGCAGCCCUGGGGGGCUAUGCAAAGGGAAGUCGAUGGGCACCAGGGACUCAUGAAGUGGUGGCUAAACCCAGUUCAGUUGCCACCCAUCAACUAAGGACCAGAGACCAGGAAAGGAAGAAAGGCAGCUUUACUUCCUCUCUGAGGAUGGAGCCACACAGCCGUUCCGGAAAGAGCCGAAAGUCCAUGAAAUUCCGAUCCAUCUCCCGAUCCCUGAUCCUCUGCAAUGCUAAGACUAGUGACGAUGGCUCAAGCCCUGACGAGAAGUAUCCGGAUCCCUUUGAGAUUCCGCUGGGCCAGGGCAAGGAGGGGAUUUCCCACUCAUCUGUACAGCUGGCAGACACAUCAGAGGCCAGACUCAGCAGCAUUCCUGAUCUGGCAUUGGCCUCAGAGGCGGCUCAACUUCAAGCAACUGGGAGUGAUCGAGGCAAGAACUAUAGGAGGAUGUUCUUCAUGAAGGAAUCUUCCACAACUUCCUCUAGAGAAAAGCCUGGAAAAGUAGAAGCACAAAGUAGUAACUUCCUGUUUCCUAAAGCCUGCCACCAAAGGACACGCAGCAACUCCACCAGUGUUAAUCCCUAUUGCACAGGAGAAAUUGAUUUUCCAAUGACCAAGAAAUCUGCCGCUUCCGCUGACAGACAGCCUUACUCUCUCUGUAGUAACAGGAAGUCCCUUUCUCAACAACUGGACUGUCCAGCAGGAAAGGCUUCGGGAGCUUCGAGACCAACACGGUCACUGAGCACAGCUCAGCUUGGGCAGCCAUCCGGGGGACUCCAGGCUUCGGUCAUCUCCAACAUCGUGCUGAUGAAGGGCCAGGCCAAGGGCCUUGGCUUCAGUAUUGUUGGGGGAAAGGACAGCAUUUAUGGGCCCAUUGGGAUUUACGUCAAAACCAUCUUCGCAGGGGGAGCUGCAGCGGCUGAUGGAAGGCUACAGGAAGGUGAUGAAAUUCUGGAGCUCAAUGGUGAAUCGAUGGCUGGACUAACACAUCAGGAUGCUUUGCAGAAGUUCAAGCAAGCCAAGAAAGGCCUCCUCACCCUAACUGUGAGGACCCGCCUGACAGCGCCCCCUGCCCUGGGCAGCCACCUGUCUCCACCCCUGUGCCGCUCCCUGAGCUCCAGCACAUGUGUCGCCAAGGACAGCAGCCUGUUUGCCCUGGAAAGCCCUGCGUCUCCUGCCAGCACUGCCAAGCCCAAUUAUAGAGUCAUGGUGGAGGUUUCCCUGAAGAAAGAGGCUGGCGUUGGCCUGGGCAUCGGCCUGUGCAGUGUCCCCUACUUCCAGUGCAUCUCGGGCAUUUUUGUUCACACUCUCUCACCAGGAUCUGUGGCACAUCUGGAUGGACGACUGCGGUGUGGUGAUGAGAUCGUAGAAAUCAAUGAUUCGCCUGUGCACUGCAUGACACUCAAUGAAGUCUAUGCGAUCCUGAGUCACUGUAAUCCCGGUCCAGUGCCCAUCAUCGUUAGCCGACAUCCAGACCCACAGGUCUCUGAGCAGCAACUCAAAGAAGCUGUGACUCAGGCUGUGGAGAACAUCAAGUUUGGAAAAGAGAGGCAUCAGUGGAGCUUGGAAGGUGUCAAAAGGUUGGAGAGCAGCUGGCAUGGGCGGCCUACGUUGGAGAAGGAGCGAGAGAAGAACUCAGCACCCCCACAUCGCAGGGCUCAGAAGAUCAUGGUCCGCUCCAGCAGUGACAGCAGUUACAUGUCUGGGUCCCCGGGGGGCAGUCCGUGCAGUGGCAGUGCUGAGAAGCAGCCCUCUGACCGGGAAAGCAGCACUCACAGCCCCAGCCUGCCCCUGGGGAGGGAGCCAGGGGUGCUUCCAAUGGCCUCAUCCAGGCCAUCUCAGGAGAGCCCACCCCUCUCGGAGGGCUUGGAUGGCCAUCCGCCUCUAAGACUGAAGAAAUCCUUCGAGAUCUUGGUGAGAAAGCCUACGUCCUCCAAGCCCAAGCCUCCACCCAGAAAAUACUUUAAAAGUGACAGUGAGCCUCAGCAGAGUCUGAAAGAAAGAGAGAACUCCUUAUGCUCUUCUGGGCACACCUUGCCCAGCUGCAGCCAGGAAGUCAGAGAGCUGCUGUCACCACUGCUGCCACAGGAAGACACAGCAGGGAGAAGCCAGGGUGCUGCUGCCUGCUGCUCAGGACCUGGAGUAGGCCCUCUGACGGCGUCCUCCACGGAGGGUGAGCCAGGGAGGAGAAGAACCAGUCCAGUGACCCAAGCGUCCCCAAUUAAACACCCACUGCUUAAGAGGCAGGCUCGAAUGGACUAUAGCUUUGAUACCACAGCCGAAGACCCUUGGGUUAGAAUUUCUGACUGCAUCAAAAACUUAUUUAGCCCCAUUAUGAGCGAGAACCACAGCCACAUUCCACUGCAGCCCAGUGUCAGUCUGGGUGAAGAAGAUGGGGCACAGAGCCAUCCAGACGGGACCUCACCAAAGCUGGACACUGCUAAUGGUGCUCACAAAGUUUACAAGUCAGGGGACAGCAGCACUGUGAAGAAAGGGCCCCCUGUGGCCCCUAAGCCAGCCUGGUUUCGUCAAAGUUUAAAAGGUCUGAGGAAUCGUGCUCCAGACCCAAGAAGGCUACCUGAUACAGCCUCAUCCCCGCAGCCAACACCGACUUCUAGGGAGCCCCUGGGGCCACACCCGUGGGCCACCUCCUCUUCCAUUAAGCAGAGAAUCAGCUCCUUUGAAACCUUUGGUUCCUCUCAACUGCCUGACAGAGGAGCCCAGAGACUAAGCCUUCAACCCUCCUCUGGAGAAACCUCCAAACCUCCCACAAAGCAAGAGGGAGGACGGUUUUCUGGUCUCUCUGGGCGAGGGACUCCAUUCUCUGUGGAGCACAGACAACCAGAGCAGGAGCAGCUGCCCUCAGGUUUCCCUGCAGCCUCCAAGGCCAGUGAUGCAGGUGUGUCUGAGUCCCCUCCCCCAGGACAGCAGCCCCGUCAGAAAGCCCUCUCCCUUGACCCUGACCCUCUCUCGAGGCUGCUGUCCACACAGAUUGAGGACUCUCAAGGCCCAGUCCUCAAGAUGCCAAGUCAGCGGGCACGCAGUUUCCCCUUGACUAGGACCCAAUCUUGUGAGACAAAAUCGUUUGAUGAAAGGACCAGUAAGCUCUACUCCAUCAGCAGCCAGGUGUCAUCGGCUGUCAUGAAGUCCUUGCUGUGCCUUCCAUCUUCAAUCUCCUGUGGCCAGACAACUUGCACUCCCAAGGAAGGGGCAUCUCCAAAGACACCAUCCAAUGAAGAUGCAGCUACAGAUAGUUCUGAGCUGGCCUCCUCAGACCUGGGGUUCUCUCUCAACCUUUCAGAGCUGAGAGAAUAUACAGAAGGUCUCACUGAGCCCAAGGAAGUUGAUGACAGGGACCAUUGUUCCUGUCAGUCUGGUCAGUCAGUCAUCUCCUUGCUCAGUUCAGAAGAAUUAAAAAAACUCAUUGAGGAAGUGAGAGUUCUGGAUGAAGCAACAUUAAAGCAAUUAGACAGCAUCCACGUCACCAUCUUACACAAGGAGGAAGGUGCUGGCCUUGGUUUCAGCUUGGCAGGAGGAGCAGAUCUAGAAAACAAGGUGAUUACGGUUCACAGAGUGUUUCCAAAUGGGUUAGCCUCCCAAGAAGGGACUAUUCAGAAGGGCAAUGAGGUUCUUUCCAUCAAUGGCAAGUCCCUCAAAGGGGCCACCCACAAUGAUGCUCUGGCCAUCCUCCGCCAAGCUCGGGAUCCAAGACAAGCUGUGAUCGUCACAAGGAGGCCAACUCUGGAGGCCACACUGGAUUUGAACUCCUCCACUGACUCUGCAGCCUCAGCUUCUGCAGCCAGUGAUGUUUCUGUAGAAUCCACAGCAGAGGCGACAGUCUGCACGGUGACACUGGAGAAGACCUCUGCAGGGUUGGGUUUCAGCCUGGAAGGAGGGAAGGGCUCCCUGCAUGGAGACAAACCUCUCACCAUCAACAGGAUUUUCAAAGGGGCAGCUGCAGAACAGAGUGAGAUGGUCCAGCCAGGAGAUGAAAUUUUGCACCUGGCUGGCACUGCCAUGCAGGGUCUUACACGGUUUGAAGCCUGGAAUGUCAUCAAGGCACUGCCUGAUGGACCUGUCACUAUUGUUAUCAAAAGGAAAAGCCUGCCUUCCAAGGGGACCACAACCACUGGAGACCUCUAAGCAGGGUGCCAACUCUGAAGCCAAAGCCAUGAACACACAGCUCCCAUAACUGCUGAUUCUCAGGGUCUCUGCUGCCCACCCCACCCAUAUCAGGGAAUGCACAAGUGUGCUUCCUGGGGAUUGCUGCUCAGGUCCAGACUUUCUGGAAAACAAUCCAGCAAGAGGAUUGUCCCAAAAAUAAGGCAGAGUCACACUGGGGUGGCUGAUACAAACUGUAGACUGUAUAUAUAGAAAACUUAAUGAUAAUGUUGUGGUGCCAUAAUAAAAUGGAUAUAUUACAUUUGAUCUGAAAUCCAUGUCCUGCUGUAAGUACUAUAACUGUGACAACCUGCCCCAUAACAGCAACAUUUGUUUAUGUUAUGAAUCUACAGUGUGGGCAGGACUUGGAGGGACAGCUCAUCUCUCUCUACUCUACUUGGCAUCAACUAGAGGAGCUCAAAGGCUGGGAGUUGUCUACUGGGGAUGCAGCUGGGCUUUGGCCUGAACACUUACAGGUGGCCUCCCCCUGUGACCUGGGCUUCCUUACAACAUGGCUCCUGAAUUCUCUGGGUGAGCAUCCCAGGAGUGCAAGAACCAGGUAGAAGCAUCUUCUUUUUUAGGCACUUGUUUCAGAAGUCUCUAUAAUCUGUUAAUAAGAGCUGGCACAAACACACCCAGAUUUAAGGGAAGGUAAAAUAUGGCCAGGGCCAUUGUAAAAUAAAAUAUCACACAAAACUGUUUUUGGUUAGUUUGAAGAAGUGAUCCUAGGCAAGGAUGGUGUCAAGGUGAUAGAGCCAGCAAGCAGAGAAGAGUAAAGGUGAAACUCAAGAUGUGGACAAGUACACCAACAGGAUGUACCACUGUGUAUGUGAGCAAAAGGUAACAUGGCUACCACUUCCUUGUCACAUGCCAAUCACUGUACUUGAUGUGAAAUGGAGUCUUUAGUAAUCACAGCAGUUUGCACAGCUUGUGGUUCUGUGCCAUUAUGUUGAUGAGGGCACUGAGACUCAGGGACAGUAAGUAACUUGCCCAGCUGCAAAGCGAUCAGAGAGAUUUGAGACCUUUAGUGAUUUGGGAGAGAUCAAUGGGUUUUUAGAUCUUGGAGGCCAAGCUUUCUCUAAGCUAGGGAAAAUACCUCUGAAUGCCUGACCAGUGGGUAUUCACUUUGGUCAUCCCUGAGCACCUGAUUGCCAAGCUCGAGAUAAGUCAAUGUGACUCUGAAUUAGCAACAGCCAGCAUACUUUGACUAGGCCCCUCCUGAGUCCCUGCUCCUAUGCACUGAAGAUAUGGGGGAAGACCUGGCAAAGACCACAGACGAAACACAAAAAGUAGUUUAUUCCCAGGCCAAUAUCAGUGGAACCAUGCUAAUGUAAUCUGAUGGCUUCUCCAGGGUCUACAGGAAGCCAAGAAUCUUUCAGAAUGCCGGACUCAGAAAACCCAUCUGGGCUCCUAUUCUUCGUGUAAACCCCUUUAGUGUCCUUGUCACAGUUGGCAUCAGCUGAUGGUUUUAUUGAUUCUGAGAAACCAUGGGCUUAGCUUGUUUGCUGCAUGUUACCUUGCUCACCCCAUCCUGAAUUUCAUCAAGUAGAUAAGAAAUUUGAAAUACCAUUUUAUCAACUUCUUUUUCCUCUGGAGGUGAACUUGAUGAAAGGUGAAACUCAAUACAAUACCCAUUCCCCACUGUCUUACUGUGUGCCUGCCAAGGACUGGGCAAUGAGGCCACAUUCCCUGCCUGCACAAUCUCAUCAUCUGGGCACUGUGAUGUUUCCUAUAACCAGGAAUUGUUUUUUGAGUCUUUUAAGGCAGCCAAGUGAUAAGGCUGGACCAGCCCAGGGAAAGAGAAAAGGUGGGAAAGGUAUGAGCAUGGAGAUACAUGAGGCAAAGUCAGCUGAUGGGAAGGGAAGAAGUUGUCUGAGGACAAGGGCAUGGACAUGGUAAGCCCAAGGCUCUCCCAGUUCUCUUCCUGUCUCUGGCCUAUUUUAGAAGGUCCCCUCCUCCUGCCCAGGUUCCUGGUCUCCAAGCCAAGGGAAUUCAGGGCAGGGCAAGAGGGCCCUGAAAUUAAAGCUCAUCCAUCUAAGCUCCAUCCUGCUAGGAUUUCAUUGUGAGGUUUCACUGUCUUUGGCUACUUCUUUGAAGCUGACAAAGGCUUAGAAAACAGUGGCUUGGAAACAAUGUUUCCAGUUGCCUUCCCACAUUGCAGACAUCACAGUUAGCAAUCCUGGAUCCACCUGUACUCUCCAUGAGAAGGAAUUCUCUCCAGGGCCUCGCCCAGGAAGUCCUACUUCUUUGCAUGGCAUUUUACUUAUUAAUACAUUAUCUUCCUGUGUCAAAAUUCAAGAAACGGACUAUGCUGGGAUUGGCAUUUGUUUCUCCAUAUAUUAGGAAGUCAGAGCAGACCUACUUUCUGGUUCCUUAUCCUGGGCUCAAACCAGUUUAACUUGAUGCCAGCUGAUACAUGUGUGGUCAGCACAGAACACCAUAUGGGCCAGAGACAAGUGAAAGGUCAUCCAGUCUGCUAGACAGGAUUACACAGGCUACCCCAUCUUGGUAAGACCACCACUUUCUGAGGUCUUCACCUCAAACAGGCAGGCAUGAAAGUUCUCUUUGGCUGGGGCACCCAGAAUUGGCUUUGCUUGGGAGGUCAACUCAAAUGAGUUGACAAAUAACAGUGCUUGGAACAGAGUAGGGACCUGUUGGGCCCCUACUGAAUAAAGGAAUGAAUUCUAAGCAAAUUCAAGAGUUGGAUAAAGAUUUCUUACUGAGUCAAGAGUUUGCUGGUGAUCUUCAUGGUGUCACUAUGGGUUCUACAGUUCAUGACAACAGAGAGAGGGAGCUUUUGUGUCUUAAAGCUUGCUCACAUCUUGGCACACUAAGGAGACAGUCAGCCCAAGUUAAGGCAGGUAAGUUAAUAUCACAUAAGGGAAGCGACUUAUGUUUGAAGGAGUAAAGGUGGAAUGCUAUGGAAAUUCCUGCAUAGGAAUAGUAACAGAAGCUGCCUCUGGGCAGACACAGGAGAGGUCUUCCUUACAAAGGUGGGAGCCCAGACAAGGUUUCAAAACAAUGCUAGAGGAUCCCUCUGGCUGUGCAGCCCUGACUGGACAGAGGUAAAGGAAUUUGUGUGCUAACUUUCUGUUGAGUCUCUUCUGGGUGAUAAAGCUGUGCUCCCUGGCUCUGAAGAUGUAUAGGGUGGAUAUUGACACGGCAGUGUUGUACAGUCUAGCAGCAGAUUCUCAGAGGGAGGAUUCAGACAGGGGCGCCCUGCCCUCUUUCUGGGUGGCAGUGUGGCCUGAUGGGGCCCUGGAGGCCGGAGCACUCCGGCCUUGGCCUCCCUAACCGAGGACAGGCAGGCACCCUUAUUCCUAGAGUUCUGCACACAGACAGGAGCAGUUUGCUCCAUUUAGAGUCACUCCCAAAGAAAACUAAUCUUGAAGACUACAGAUUUGCCCUGGGGCAGAUUCAAACUCCCUGGUGUUACUAAGAUAUGAAAGUUAACUCACUGAAAGGAAAGAAGGCAGAAAACCAAUUCCAACAGAAGAUCCACUUAAAGUAUUGAUCCAAAUGGAAAGAAUUUUUUCUUAAGGCUUAUUCCAUUGUUCAAAACCAAUAUUUUCCAAGUUGACAUGUUUUUAAGGGGAAAAUCAUAUUAAAAACAUGUAUGAAGGUUUCUAAAAACUGCACACAGGACUUGGUUUCAGUGUUCAUGAUAAUUCUCUAGGACAAACAUGGAGACACGGUCUCUGACAGUGACAGGCACAUACAGGAUUGGAACAUAGUGCCCGAGCUGAGUCCUUGUCAGGUAGCCAGAGCCUAGGUUCACCCUGCCACAGGUGUGUUUGGAUCACAGAUAGAGUAAGAAGUAUGUGAAUGGCUCCUCCCAUGCCAACCGUGAGAGGACAGAGGAGGUAGGAGUGGGUGGGCCGUUGCCCUUGGCUGGCAUUCUUAGAGAGUCAUUGCCCAAGAGCAAAACAGGCUUGGGUUCUCCUAGAUCCGUGGUGUUCCAUGAACCAGAGCUCCUUAAUGAGUCAUAGAUGUUCUUUGCCAACAAGUGAGGGCAUCAGUCAUGGAAUUUCUUCACUGCUUUCUGAAGGUUGGCAUAAAAACUGGUCAUGCUGCGAGGAAAGAAGGAGUCCACAACGCUUUGUGGGAGGUAACCGCUGAGGUCAGUCUGGAAGAAUGUGACCAGGUUGGUCCUGUUGGGCUCUCUGUGAAAGCAAUAGCAGAGCUGUGUUAGUUAUCUGCCACAGAGGGGUUGGCACAGUACCAGGUAAGGCAAAAAGAGCCUGGCACAGUAGAAAUGGCCAUUACACUGACCAUAUUCAAUCCUUUGUGGGGUUCACUGCCCAGGGUGCCACGUUGGACUUUCUUGUUUAAGAUGAAGACAUGGCCUCUAGUGGACAUGUCCUCCAGUCCCACCAGGCUCUCAAGGGUUGAGGGGGAAGUCCCUCCUUCCAGUCUGGGAAGACAGAUUCCCUCUGACAGAUUUGUUUGCAAUUGCUUUCAAGAACCCUCUCUGUACGAGGCCCUGGGAGGAGUGGAUGCAGAAGCUGAUUUUGUCUAUCUGCUCAGGUGUCAAUUCUCCAAAGGUCAGGAGUUUCUGCGAGUCCCUGGCACCCUUUCCAGGUUUUCAUAACAACACAAAUAGAUGGUUUGCCUUUUUCACACUUGGAUCUUUAAUGCAUUAUGUCCCAUUAUCCCAUUUAUGAAAUGCCAAAAACAUUGAGCAACAAAACACUUGUGGUAACUGAAAUAAUUUGUUUUUAGAACUCUAUUCUUUUGAGAAAAUAGGUGAAUGAUUUGUGAUAAUUUUCAUUAAAAUAAUAAGUUUCAUAAUACAGUGAUAAUAUCAUUUAAUGAUUAUUUAAAUAAUUAAAUGAUAAAUUACAUAACAAGCUCUAGAUUAUAACUUCCAACCUACUUCAAUGCACCCAUGUCAGUUUCAUUGAAGUAUUAGCAGAACUGAAAAUGCAGGACUUAAUAGGUUGAGUGGACAAGAGCUGGGUAAGUCAAUGCUUGAUUUAAAAUCUGUCUAAUAGCUGGGUUUUGUGGGGCCUUUCUGGUCCCAACUAGGCCAUCUGCAAAAUAUGUGCAAUAACCUUUGCUGUCCUAUAUGAGGCUCAUCAUACUGUAUGUCCUCCCCUCCCACCACAACUAAAAAGAUGGUCCUAGGGUUCAGCCUCCAAGGAGAAAAGGCUCAGUCUCUUAUUCUGAAAAAUUCCUUUCCAGCAGAGCUGGCACCAUGGAAAGGUGGUUCUCAGCACUGACUGCCAGGUGGGCAGGACAAGGAAAUGAGGCAGAGGUUAGAGCCCUUGGUGCAAGCCAGUGGAUCUGGGGUGCCUCUGUACUGAGAGGACUGAAACAGCAAGUAUGUGUUAAAGCAUGGCUAUGUUAUUUUCAGACUCAAAACUUUGUCACAUUUAAGAAAAGUCUUUUAGAAGAUGCUUGUAAAGCCAGCUUAGCAGACACAGGUCUGGUUUCUUGUAAAGUCCUAUGGCACCCGGUCAGCCUCCUGGGGCUGAGAGAAAGCUCAAGCCCCACCUCUCUUGGAGUCUGCAGGAACACAGGGACACACUGGCAGGCGUAAUCUCUUUCACUGUCAAUUUGCAUGGUACCAGAAUAAACUAGUGACCUUCAGGUAAAUCAUUACAUAGAAACUUCCUGGUAAAAACCUGGCCUUGUGAGCUGUGGGUAAACAGGGAGGGAUCCUGGGCUUAGUUCUGUGAGUGACUCACAGUGUGGUCUGAUUUGCUCUCCAGCUCCUGAGCUCCACCCAACUCCUCUGCUUGAUGAGAUGAUUGCUGUGUGGAAAGUAUAGUAGGGACUGCUCCAGGCUGGUGGAUGGUCCCAAGAGUAUAGGAGGAACAUCCCAGAGCCCAGUUUCUGUCAAUCUCCUAGAUUGACCAUGGACACAUCAUUUAACCACCCGAAACUGUCUCUUCAUCUGACAUUUGUCCAACCUGCCUUAUGGAACUGGAGUAAAGAUUUUCCACAUUAAAAAUUUAAAUUAUAACAGCUCCCCACAACACUUUCCCAUGUGCUUUGGCAUAUUAUGUCACUCGUGUUCGUGUGUAAUAGUGUUUUGUAACAUCAAAGCCUAAAGAGUUUAAAGCAUUUUUGUUCUUGUGAAUUCUUGUCAAAGUACUCAUUCUUAGUGUCCACAGUGAGGUCAGUAGGUCUGAGACAGGGGUCUCCAUCCUGAUCAUUCUUACCCUGGCAGAGGUUCACAGAAGCAACCACAGGGAUGGUUGAAUCCUCUCACAAAACCUGGUUUUGGGGGGCAUAGUGGAUGUUCCACAUGGGUAGCUGGAAGACAGUUCAGACAGUCAGUGAUCUACAGCUUCCAUCAGGGCCCAGCCACUUAAGUGCCACAAUGCCUGCAGCACCAGUUACUGGGAGCUGGGGAGAGGGCAAGAGAUUCUAGCUUCAUGGCCUCAAGUUUCUUCCCCAUCCUAUACAACCACUUAUACUCAUAUACAUGUGCAAACACUCAAAAUCACACACACAUGCAUUACACUCCCACAUGCAGCUUCCCCAAGUUGGGAAGAAUAUUGGAAAAAAGAAUAUUCCAGAAUGCAAGGUUUGGAGGGAGGAGGAAGGGACCCCUCUUAAAACCCAGUUGACAGAGGAGGUGAUGUGUCUACCAUCUCCCCAAUGAGGCAGACUCAAAGGAACAGUGUAGGCUGUGUAGUGGCAGUUUUGCUUCUUGUUAAGUGGGAAGGGAGUGGACAGUGCCCAUCCCUCUCAAGAGGACACAUCCAUGGACUCAGUGAGUUACUGCAUAUCAAGAUUUUGUGACACCCAACUGUAACCUGCACGUCCACAGUCCAAACUACCAGUCUCAGUAGGAACAAGAAGGGAUUCUAACAAGAUCUGGGACUUAAAAAUAAAAUUACUGGCACAUCGAUUCUCCCACCUCAGAACCCCAUGGUAUAGAAUCCCCUCAAACCCUGAAGGCAAGGCACAUACACAGAAAGGACCCAGGUGAGUUUUCUGGUGGUUUCUAGCUGCUUGGCUUUCCUUGAGAAUCUGAGAAGCGGAGGAGAGAGCUCAGCCUCCUGGGCAGGCCUGGCAGCACUUGGCUGUCACUCACCAUUGGAACUGAUGGUCCCAUCCUCAUAUCUCUUGACUAGCACCACGUCCACAAAAUCCCUGGGAGAAAUGAGCUUCAUGGCAGCUGAGGGGGUGGAGGUUCUGCUUAUGCACAGUGUCUGCCGAAGAAAAAGGGAGCCUAGACGUGUCUGAAGGACAGACAUCUUCUCUCAACCCUCCCCUGUCUACCAGAGCCUGGUUGUUACAUACCUGUACGUGUACACAAUAUAACAAUAUAAUUUGGUCAAUUUUUUUUAAUAGCCAUACCGCUUCCACCCCUGAUUAUUAGCCCCAAAUAUAUCAUUUCUGAGGGAAAGUAUCUGGAGACCAAGAUGAUGAAAACAAUAGAAAUUCUGAAGCUAGCAGCAAGUCAGAAAUGCCAACAAAUUCAUGGUAUGACUCUAUGUUUCAUCCAUCCAUCCAUUGAUCUAUAGUCUAUUUCAGAAUUAGAAUAUUUAAGAUUUGUCCAAAUGAUGCCAAGAAAUGCCAUUCUAUGAGGAAGGGCCUUAUCUCCACAUUUUCAUUAUUUUCCCUGAAUGGUAAAGAGCUACCAUUUGUCAGUUCUUCUCAGAUUUUUUGCAAACCAGUAGCCUGUGCUUUCUAUGUUGCUUGAGGUUAAUGUCUAUUGAGAGCUGAACCUCUCUGGCAAGAAAUCAUAUCUUUUCAUGGAUACAUGAAUUAAUUAGAAGAGUUCCCAUUCAUCUCAUCCAGAGAUUAAAAAAUACUUUUCUUUUUGUUUAACAAUUCCCCAUCAAAAGUUGCAAUGAAAUCAUGCUAUUUUAAUAAAUUAUACUCAUACCUCAAUCCAUUCAGAUUAAAAAAAAUUAGUCUUAUAGUCAAAAGAAAUGAUGAUUAAAAAAUAAUUUUAAUUUAUAUUCAUAUCUAUGAUGUAAUAUGAUGACUUCCAAGAAUAACAAGUAUUAUGUUAAGAUAAAAUUCAUUGUGUUGUGUGAAAUGGAAAUUUGAGUUUAAGGAGAAUAAUUAUAUACAACUUCUGACUAUUAAAAAAAUACUUGUGUAUUUUUAAAAUGGGUGAUAGUAGAUACAAAUUCAUAUGCUAUUUAGAUACAACUAAAAAAAUGGUGCCAUUACUUUGUUCAAAUUGACAAACUUAUAUGUCAAAAUGCCAUGCUUUGCAACUUAGAAAACUUUAGCUGUCAACUAGAUGUGUGGGGUGAUGCACAAUUUCUCAAAACUCUGUCAGAGGUAUGAAAUCAAAGAAAUUGAAGACCCUUGCACUGGAGACUAACUGGGAUCAGGCAGGAUACAUGGGGCAGACCAUGGCCCAGCAAGGGAUGAAGGGUCCUGUGUUGCCUGAAGCAGAAGCCCAUAUAGGGAAGCAGGCAUGCAUAAGGACAAACCAGGGUACCAAGAGCAGCAAGAAGACCUGCUUGCAUGACUCACUGGCAAGCUGAUCAAGAGACAAUAGCAAUGUGUACCAAUGUAGAAUUCAGCACAGGUGAGCACCUGGCUAUCUUAUAUGGUCCUGGUAAGAUGGGAAAAGUGAGGAGCUCACAGUAUAACAAUGAGGAAAACAACUCUGUGGGGCCUCUGUGGGAUCAGGUCACCAGGACUCAGAACUGGAGCUGGGGCAGAGGCAGCGGGUUAGAAAGAGGUUCUUGGUUUCCUCUGGAAGACAGUUGGUACCUGUGGUGACUGAGAGCCAGGAGAGCUGGAGCCAUCAUCUGGCUCUCAAGUCCCAGGUCAGUCUCUUAUCUGUGUGAACUUGGGUGCUUCCCUUUACUUCUGUCAAGCUAUUUCCCUUCUCCAAGGUUUCAGUUAAAGUUUGUAGCAUUGUAUAAAAAGAUACAAUAAAUGACAUCUCAGUAUGUAAUCAUUGUUAUAGAAUCUCAGUAUCAACCUCUAAUUUUUGAAGUC